CGUGGUCAUGUUUCCUCUUACGCCAUUGACAGCGAUCGAUAGCACUUCGGCUUUGACUGCCCGUCGCUGGAAGGAUACUUCGUCUUUGACAGCUGCUGGAACCUGAAGAAAUCGAUUAUUGUUUUUUUUUGUACAGGCGCGAAACAGGACAGUCGCGUGCCGGUUAAGGACCCCCGGCAACUUUGUGAUUUUAUUGGACGCGACCUCCUGUACUGUAGAAUGUAGUUUGGACCAUAGGACAGGACGAAGAAGUCCCGUUAAGAAGCUGUGGAGGCCUAAGAUGCUCUACUAGUCUGCUGGAAAUCCAAAGAAGACGAAGGAGUAAAAAGCAAAAUGGCGUUUGACAGAGAAGGCCUAAACGUGGCCACUGGUCAUUAUUGUUUCUCUAUUUGUAUUUAGUGCAUACAUGUACGCAUAUAUGUCGUGUAGUAGAUGAAACAUUGUUAGUAAUUGUUUGUAUCCGGAUACAUUAGUCUGAGCGCACUUUAUCGCGUCUUGUGCUAGCUUAGCUUGCUAGUUAGCUUAGCUUGUUAGCUGCUAACAAAGAGACGCGGACAUUAUCAACACAUCGCUAAGUAGAGAUCAAAUGUGAGUGUAAAGUGUCGUGAUUGUGUGAAAAUGUGCGAAAGAACGAUAGCAAAGUAUGAGGAGGAACUUUGUCCAACAAAAGAGGAGAAGGAGCGACAACAUCAACUUCAGGACGCUGUUUUCAAGAAACAUCAAGUUGUGUUACACAGAACAGAUGUCCAGCAGCCCCAUUACAUUAAAGAGGAAGAGGAGGAUCCACAGACCCCCCACAUUAAAGAAGAAGAGGAGGAAGUGUGGAUCACUCAGGAGGGAGAGUGUCUUCUAGGGCAGGAGGAGGAUGAUCUCACCAAGUUUCCACUGACUGUUGUCUCUGUGAAGACUGAAGAGCAUGAAGACCAACCACCUGAGUCCUCACAGCUUCAUCACAGUCCAAAUGUCUGUGAAGAACAACUUCUGCCUGAAAAACAGGAGUGUAGCUUCAGGAUGGGGAAGGAGGAUCCAUCAAAGAGGAAGAUCAGGUGCCACAGACCCUCUGGUGUCUCCUUUUCCUCUUUGACACAGACCCUUUUCUGUAAAAAAUGUAAAGAUGAAGAGGAGGAACACCGCAUCGGUCAGGAGGGAGAGCAUCUAGAAGAACUGGUGGAGUUCCCAGUGAUUGGUGUCCCUGUGAAGAGUGAAGAUGAUGAGGUCAAAGGUGAAAGUGAGGAGAAGAGAGAGGCGGAGCCUCCAAGCAGCAGCUCAACACAACACAUGACAACAGAAGCUGAUGGAGACCACUGUGGAGGAUCACAAGCAGACAAGCUCUUAGCUCCACUAUCAGAUAGUGAGGACACAACAUCACACUCUCCUAACACUGAUUAUGAAGACUCUAAAGAUGAUAAGACAUGUCACACUGACAACACUCACUUGAAAUGUUCUCACUGUGACACAACAUUUAAAUACCGUCGUAGUCUAAAAAGACACAUGAGAAGACACACUGGAGAAAAACCUUUUACUUGCUCACUUUGUGGUAAAGGUUUUGCACAAAGUUCAUGUAUGGAAAUACACAGAAGAAUACACACUGGAGAAAAAUUAUUUAUCUGUUCAAUCUGUAGUAAAGGUUUUGUACAAAGUCAAAAUUUGAAAGUACACAUGAGAACGCACACCGGAGAAAAACCUUAUGUCUGUUCAAUCUGCGGUAAAGGUUUUGGAACAAGCCACAAUUUGAAAGUACACAUGAGAACACACACCGGUGAAAAACCUUUUUCCUGCUCAAUCUGUGGUAAAGAUUUUAAAAAAAGUCAAUAUUUGAAAGUACACACUAGAACACACACUGGUGAGAAACCUUUCACAUGUUUACUUUGCAACAGAAGCUUUUGUGACCGAUCAAACCUUGUAGCACACAUGAGAACACACUCAGGAUAGAAAUAGUUGAGUUGCAGUGUGUGUGGUGAAAGAUUCUCUUAUAAGUACCAGUGUAAGAAACAGAAUGUGCUGGUGAGAACAGCAGCAGCAAUUGAAACUGCAGGAUUUUAAAUAAACUGUCAAGACUUUAAUUUUGACUUUCUAACAUCAGCACAUAUAACAUGUGUGACAUUGUUGUUUGUGUAACAAUCUUUUUAAUAUGCUUCUACAUUUAUAGAUUAUAUAAUUUAUACUAGUGAUUUUUUUCAUUUGAAUACAUGCAUUAAUAUGCAACAUUGUGUACUUUUAUUAAAAAUUGAAACAGCGGAAACUCCCCCUCCAUUACUCGACAUACGCCUCGAAGCCUCUGCACAUUUCUCAGUGAUGGAAGAGUGACUGCAGUGAAUAAUACAAGAGAAAGCUGAAUUAUUUGCUGAGACUUUUGCUAAAGUUCACAGUCCUGAGAAUUUGAUUGGGCAAGAAAAACAACGCAGAUGGAAAACAAAAUUGGGAAAUACCGAAGCAUUUGGUGUGAAAUCUGAUUUUGGUGGACCCGAGAAUGCUUUUACACUAGAGGAAUUGAAAUAUAUAUAUUUUUUGUUAUGAGUUUUUUUAACAAAGCAUAUGUUAUUACAAACUGAGCACAAUAAUUGUAUUUCUCCAGUGUGCAUUCUUUUGUCUGUUAUCAAGAGUUUCCUCACAGAGUCUUUUAUUAAAAACUGAGCACAGUAAAGGUUUUUCUCUAGUGUGUAAUUUUUUUGUUUAUCAAACAUUUCUUCACAGAGAAUCUUUUAUUAAAAACUGAGCAUAUUUAUGGUUUUCCCUUGUGUGUAAUUUGUUGUUUGUUAUCAAAAGUUUAUUCUCAGAGAAUCCUUUUUUUUUUUUAACAAACUGAGCACAUUAAUGGUUUUUCUCCAGUGUGCAUUCUUUUGUUUAUCGUUUUUCACAGAGCAUAUGUUAUUACAAACUGAGCACAUUUAUGGAUUUCGCCAUGUGUAAUUUUUGUUUUUUAUUAAAAGUUUAUUCACAGAUAAUCCUUUAUUACAAAUUGAGCACAUUAAUGUUUUUUCUCUGGUGUGCAUUCUUUUGUCUCAUCAAAAGUUUCUUCACAGAGGAUCUUUUUUUUAACAAACUGAGCACAUUAAUGGUUUUUCUCCAGUGAGUACAUUUUUGCCUGUUAUCAAACGUUUCUUCACAUAUAAUCUUUUAUUACAAACCCAGCACAUUAAUGGUUUUCCCCAGUGUGUAAUGUUUUGUGUAUUAUCAAAAGUUUCUUCACAGAGAAUCCGUUUUAACAAACUGAGCACAUUAAUGUUUUUUCUCCAGUGUGCAUUCUUUUGUUUGUUACUAAGUUUUUCACAGAGCAUAUUUUAUUACAAACUGAGCUUAUUCAUGUUUUUUCUCCAGUGUGCAUUAUUUUUUUUAUUACGUUUUUCACAGAUAUUUUAUUACAAACAGAGCACAUUCAUGGUUUUUAUUCAUUGUACAUUUUUUUGUUAUGAGUUUUCACAAAGCAUAUUUUAUUACAAACUGAGCACAUUAAUGGUAUAUCUCCAGUGUGCAUUAUUUUGUCUGUUAUCAAGAGUUUCUUCACAGAGAAUAUUUCAUUACAAAUUGAGCACAUAAAUGGUUUUCCUUCAGUAUGUAUUAUUUUGUCUGUUAUCAAGUCUCCUCACAGAGUAUUACAUUACAAACUGAGCACAUUGUUUUUUCUCCGGUGUGUAAUGUUUUUGUCUGUUAUCAAAAGUUUCUUCACAGAGAAUCCUUUUUAACAAACUGAGCACAUUCAUGGUUUUUCUCCAGUGUGCAUUAUUUUGUUUGUUAUCAAGUUUUUCACAGAGCAUCUUUUAUUAAAAACUGAGCACAUUAAUGGUUUUUCACCAG